GCCGCGGGACCCGGCCCGGCAGUGCGCGGGGCCGCCGCGGAGUGCGCGCCGCCAUGAUCAUCCCGGUGCGCUGCUUCACGUGCGGCAAGAUCGUCGGCAACAAGUGGGAGGCCUACCUGGGGCUGCUGCAGGCGGAGUACACCGAGGGGGACGCUCUGGACGCCCUGGGCCUGAAGCGCUACUGCUGCCGCCGCAUGCUGCUGGCCCACGUGGACCUGAUCGAGAAGCUGCUCAACUACGCGCCCCUGGAGAAGUAGCCCCUGCCCACCCCCGCCCCCGCCAUGGCCCGCGGCGUCCUGCCUUGCGUCCUCGUGGCCGAGCUGUCAGAUGCCGGGAGCAGAGGCCGGCCGCGCGCACGCAUGUCGCCAGCCGCCCAGUAAAGUCCUUGCACAAACA